UCUUAUGGAUCUGGCAGCAGUGCCCCGCCCAGGCGGCGCGGCGGAGGCGGCCGCUGCGGGCGGGGGCGACUGCCCCUGGCCCGCUUCGCAACAGGGUAUUGGUCAGCCAAGUGUAUACCAUGCAGUGGUGGUCAUAUUUCUGGAAUUCUUUGCCUGGGGGCUCUUGACAACUCCAAUGCUAACAGUCUUACAUGAAACGUUUUCCCAUCAUACGUUUUUAAUGAAUGGUCUUAUUCAAGGUGUUAAGGGUUUUUUGUCCUUUCUGAGUGCACCCCUAAUAGGUGCUCUGUCAGAUGCAUGGGGAAGAAAAUCAUUUCUUCUUCUUACAGUUUUUUUCACCUGUGCUCCAAUUCCAUUAAUGAGAAUAAGUCCAUGGUGGUACUUCGCUAUGAUUUCGGUGUCUGGAAUCUUUUCUGUUACCUUUUCGGUAAUAUUUGCCUAUGUAGCUGAUGUAACACAAGAACAUGAAAGAAUUGCAGCCUAUGGACUGGUUUCUGCCACCUUUGCAGCAAGUUUGGUAACAAGUCCUGCUAUUGGUGCAUACCUGUCUGCCAGCUAUGGAGAUAACCUUGUUGUGCUAGUGGCAACGUUGGUGGCUGUUGUGGACAUCUGCUUCAUUGUGAUAGCUGUACCAGAGUCUCUGCCAGAAAAAAUGAGAUCUACUUCAUGGGGAGCUCCUAUAUCAUGGGAACAAGCAGACCCUUUUGCAUCUCUGAAGAAAGUCAGAAAAGAUACUACAGUCCUUCCAAUCUGCAUUACAGUUUUUCUCUCCUAUCUACCUGAGGCUGGCCAGUAUUCUAGCUUUUUUCUGUACUUGAGACAGAUUAUAGGUUUUGGAUCUGCUAGCAUUGCAGCAUUUAUAGCUGUGGUAGGCAUUCUGUCUAUAAUAGCUCAGACUGUGUUUCUCAGUAUCUUGAUGAGGUCUAUAGGAAAUAAAAAUACAGUUCUCCUUGGCCUUGGCUUUCAAAUCCUUCAGUUGGCUUGGUAUGGUUUUGGAUCUCAGCCUUGGAUGAUGUGGGCAGCAGGAGCUGUAGCAGCAAUGUCAAGCAUUACAUUCCCAGCAAUCAGUGCUCUGGUUUCAAGAAAUGCAGAGUCAGAUCAACAAGGUGUUGUCCAAGGAAUAAUAACUGGAAUAAGAGGUCUGUGCAAUGGCUUGGGACCAGCACUCUAUGGCUUCAUUUUCUUUCUCUUUCACGUGGAGCUCAAUGAAUUGCCACUUGAUCAGACUUCUGGAAAAAAAGCAGAGCAAGAUGCCAGUGAUGAGAGAGCAAUCAUUCCUGGUCCACCCUUCCUGGUUGGAGCAUGCAUUGUUCUUCUGGCUUUUCUAGUUGCCUUAUUUAUUCCAGAGCACAGCAAAGCUAGCAGUACCAGAAGACACAGCAACAACAUCAGCAGUACUCUGAGUAAUAAUCUAGACCAAAGUAAUGAAGAGGACAUUGAACCAUUGUUGCAAGAUAGCAGUGUAUGAAGGCUAACUUCUGAGGAGGCUAUGGAAUGAAUUAAUGUACUAAACCGUGUCUCUGGAAGCACAGUGGUAUGCACAGAGUACCUGGCCUCUCAAAGGAAGGCAGCUGUGUGCAAGAGAAGGUCACAUGCUCUACCAUACUUGAGGCUGAUACUGUACUUGCAGGGCAAGUCACAGGUGUGAUUCUACCCAGUAUUGGGACUACAGAUACUAGCUCAAAUCCUAGUAUUGGGUAGCAGCCCAAAUAUACAGACUUCUUUUUUUUUUUUUUUUUUCCAAGUUUGAAUGUUCAGUUUCCGAAGUUGUAUACAAAAUAAUCAGGUUUGAGGCAGGAGUUUUCUGCCACUACUGUUGAAGGUUUUGCAUUCUGUAUGCCUCUUGUCUACAUGUAUGCUACAUGUAGUCCUCACAAAGUGAGCGGGACUGAUCUUUAUUGUCUUAGUAUCUGAAGUAGUGGUUAUCAGUAAAUUUAAUUAUGAAUUUCCUAAAGAUACAUUCUCAAAUAUUUAAUAAUGGGAAGUCUACUAGUUGCCAGAAAGCAACUUCUGAGGGUAUAUGAUCACACAGUCAUUACCCAUAAAUAAAGAUCAUAAUGAAGUCUUAACUCCACAUUUCAGAACCAUCAUUUCUGAGUAGUUUAAGCAAACUCAGGAGGCACCUGAGAGCACCAGUCACAUUAAUGUUUUAAUGAUUAAAAAGAAUUUUAACUAUAAAAUGAGCAAUGUCAGAAAUAUGAUGGCCCUGACUUCUGAAGCAGGAAAAACAAAGGGUGCCAGAGUAGUUCACAUCAGUAAAUAUGUAUAUUUAUUGCAUUUUGUCACUUUAUCUGCUGUAUGAAAUAAUCUUUCCUAUUAAUUCUGUUCACUCCUGCCUUAACUGCUACUUAGUGUCCAAUUAUUAAUCAUAUUUAGCCUUCAUAUCACUGUCUUACCUGCUGAAUCUCAUGGAUAUAUUUUUAACAAAUAUCCUUUCUAGGGGAUGCUUUAAAAGCAUUAUGAAUGGCUACAAAUGUGCUGAUUUUUAAAGACAUUUUAUGAAAAAUACACAGAUUUAUCUGCAUUUUACUGCAGUGUAAAUGACUAUUAAACCCAACUUUAAUGAAGUAUCCCUAUGAGUGUUUUAUAUGAAUGCAAUAUAUGUAGAUAUUUGUAAGGAGUUCUAAUUUUUCCAGAUGGGGUGCUGUGUAAAUCAUGUAUUUAUAAAUGUAAUGGGGGUACUGACAGACAUACAAUUUUUUAAAAGGAUUGUGUAUUGACUGAACAAACUUAAAAUAUAUAUAUAUUUUGAAACUUGUUCCAUACUGAGCAGAGAUAAGAGGCCUUUUGUACUAUGCAAUUUGUUUUUUAAGUUAAUAAGCUUCCUAAUACAUAAUAAAUCCACAUCUUAAGCUUUCUA